AUCAAACCCCCUAUCUUAAUUAUCAUUAUAUUAACCGUUAUAUCAGGAACUAUAAUUGUAAUAUCAACCUCCCACUGACUCAUAAUCUGAAUCGGCUUUGAAAUAAAUCUACUAGCCAUUAUCCCCAUUCUUAUAAAAAACUAUAACCCACGAACCAUAGAAGCAGCCACAAAAUAUUUCCUAACACAAGCAACCGCCUCUAUAAUCCUAAUAAUAGCAAUCAUCAUUAACCUACUGAAUUUAGGACAAUGAACCGUAUCAAAAGACCUCAACCCCAUAGCAUCAAUCAUAAUAACAACCGCCCUAGCAAUAAAACUAGGACUAGCUCCAUUCCACUUCUGAGUACCCGAAGUCACACAAGGAAUUCCUAUAUCCUCAGGCCUAAUCCUACUAACAUGACAAAAAAUCGCACCACUAUCCGUCCUCUACCAAAUCUCACCCGCCAUCAACCCCAACCUACUCCUAACAAUAUCCAUUGCAUCAGUCAUAGUCGGAGGCUGGGGAGGACUCAAUCAAACGCAGCUACGAAAAAUCAUAGCAUACUCCUCAAUCGCCCAUAUAGGCUGAAUAACAGCUAUCUUAAUAUAUAGCCCCACAAUAAUAGUCCUAAACCUAAUCAUUUAUAUCAUCAUAACGCUAACUACUUUUAUGCUACUCAUACACAACUCCACUACUACAACACUAUCCCUAUCACAAACAUGAAACAAAACACCUCUAAUCACCUCACUCAUUCUAGUACUAAUAAUAUCCCUAGGCGGCCUUCCUCCACUCUCUGGAUUCAUUCCAAAAUGAAUAAUCAUUCAAGAACUGACCAAAAACGAAAUAAUCAUAAUACCAACACUCCUGGCCAUAACAGCACUACUUAACCUAUACUUCUACAUACGACUGACAUACACCACCGCACUAACCAUAUUCCCUUCAAACAACAGCAUAAAAAUAAAAUGACGAUUCGAAUGCACAAAAAAAAUAACCCUUCUACCCCCUCUGAUUGUGAUAUCAACCAUACUACUCCCACUCACACCAAUCCUAUCUAUUCUGGAUU